UCGAAUUCCUAAGCAUCUGCGGAUGUGUUGAGCCUUGGUCGCUGGCUGCAAAUUCUCACCAGUUACUCGUAUAGGUGAAUUACUUGUAUAGGCAAUGAUAAUAAUCACGCUCCACCAAUCAUCAACUUACUCAACUUACUCAACUUACUCAACUACUCAACUACUCAACUUACUCAACUUACUCAACUUACUCAACUACUCAACUUACUCAACUUACUCAACUACUCAACUUACUCAACUUACUCAACUACUCAACUAAGCACCCUUCAAUACUCAACUAUUACGCAAAUAUACUCGACUAUAUCUGCCAAAUCAACCAAUGACUCCACUACUCCACUGCUCACGCUCUAAAUGAUACAAAACAAUACAAUAAAUGAAACAACGUAGCAGGUACAGGUUGAUACAUACAUGGACAAUGUACACGGUAUACACGGUAUCACCCACAAUACUAUCACGUUUGUUAAUUUAUUUAUUUAUUAAUUAUCAGUUAAUCAUCA